AUGGUGGCUCUGCUAGGACGGCAGUACCUACUUCCGGACACUAUCAGGGAGAGAAACAUCGACCAAGCCAAAACGAUCGAUCUCUACGUGCCAAUCAUGUCAAUUCUUCAGUUCAUCUUCUUCGUAGGUUGGAUGAAAGUUGCUGAGGUGCUGCUCAAUCCUCUUGGUGAAGACGACGACGAUUUUGAAUGCAAUUACAUAUUGGACCGUAAUCUGCAGGUCGGACUCAACGUCGUACUCAACGUCGUCGACAAAGCCUACGACACCUUCCCAGAGAUGGUUCGUGAUAAUUUCUGGGAGGACAGCUUACCCGAACCGCUCUACACAGCCGAAAGCGCUCAAAGACCAAUCAAUCCACAAGUCGGAAGCUGUGUUGAAAUGUAUGUCCAUCCACAAUUUUCUAACUAUAUUACGGAUUAA